AUGCGGAGCUUCCCUUCUGUCCCUUUUGUCCUCGUGCUGCUGCAGCUGGCCCUCGUCACGGCCUUUGAAACGCCGUCCACAUGCGGCGCUGUUAGAGACGCCUUCCUGAGCGGCGCCUGCUGCACCGCCUCCGACGACAGCGCUGUGUCGGUCGAGGUCAUCGCUGUAAGCGGACCUCCUGCACCCCCCCUGAGCCCGCCUACGCCCGAAGCCCCUCCCGCUGUCAUCGCCUCCUGCGCAAAUGUCGUGGUUGGUGGAGGCACGGGCGGCCUCUACACGGCCUACCGGAUGAUUUUCGACGCCGGCAUCAACGCCAGCGAGGUCUGCAUCUUUGAGGCUGACUCUGAAAUGUUCGGCAGAAUCAAGUCGCUGAGGGGCCUCGGCGACCAGAAGGAUCUCGUCGUCGACGGUGCUCUCUCCUCCUUCUCAGCUCCUCCAUAUUACCCCUUGGUCGUUCCCACUCAUCUGCACGACCCAAUCACGUGCCGAGGCAAGGUCAUCGUUGACUCGGAUGGCAACCGUAUCGGCUACGUCAAGUUCCUCGAGGUGAUGCUCGAGCAGCUCGUUGCAGCAGGAGUGCGAGUGACCACAGGCCAGCCUGUGACAUCCAUUGAGAGCGGUGUUGUGUCCUUUGCCACACGGCCGCCGAUUGCAGCGGAACUCGUGAUUCUCGCGGUCCCGCAGUACCCGCUCCUAGAAAUUCUUCGCGCCUCGCCAUCACUCGGCGUGAGCGAGAGCGUCUACCGCGCCGUCCAUGCUGUUCAGCCAGUGCACGCUGUCAAGUUCUACCUGUACUACGAGGACGCAUGGUGGAUCACCUUGCUCAACCAGACCGAGGACGCCGUCUCCCCGCCGCUCGAGGGACGGUACCACGACGGCGAUGUCAAGUGCAACGCCGACAAGACAACCUGUCACGGAUUCUUGCAGACGCAGUACUUUUGGGACUUCACCGGCAACACGCAGAGCUACUUCGGCCGCUUCCAGAAGGAGCGAAGCGAGGUUGUGACCUACAUGAGCGAGUUGACCGACGGCGCUGUGGCCCUGGCGGACGUGCACGCAAAGGUGUGCGAGUACCACAACCUCGACCCGUCUCAAGUUGCGGCACCCACCGAGGGUGUGUUGGCGACUUGGAACGUGGCAUCGCCGUGGGCCAAUGCGGGCUGGCACUACUGGACAGACGCCAACCAGCUCCCGGUGCUCGAGAGCUUCCUCGUCGACCAGAACAUCCACCUGGUGAAUGAGGCCUUCUCACCCGUACCGUCGUGGGCGGAGGGCGCCAUCGUGCUCGCCGACCAGCUCUUGGAGGGCCUCUACGGCAUCACACCGCCGCAUGCUCCGCUCGAGUACUCGGCUCGCAGCUACGUCAGCGAGGACUGGGAUGACGCGCCGCAGUCUAUGGCGCGCAUGAUCUGCGAGAACACCUGCACGAAAGACGGGGAAGACAGGGGCCUUGCCUCGAUCUUCGCCUCCAACGGGAUGUGCUCCGACGGGGUUGACGGCUAUCAAGCGGUGUGCGAUCCCGGAACUGAUUGCGAUGAUUGCGGCGCGCGGCCCGCGAGCGGCGGCUCGGGAGGGGACGUAGCCGAGGACCCCGCGUGCUUCUUCGGGGACUCGCGCCUCCUCCUUGCCAACGGCAGUCGGAUUGCGCUCUCAAUGGCUGAGGUGGGCAUGCGUGUCGCCUCGCGCCUCGGCGUGGGUAGCAUCUCCCAGGUCCUCCGCCAUCCGGUCCACGCGACGGUGCGGCGGUUCCGGCUGCCGACCGAGCACGGACCCCUGUACGGCACGCUCGACCACCCGCUCCACCUCAACGGCUCAUGGGUCGAGGCCGGCGAGGCGCACCGCCGCGAUUUGCUGCCGGGCCUUGAGGUGGAUCGUGAGCCGGUGGACUACCUCUGGAACCUCGAGGUGGACGGCAAGGCCGAGGCGGGAGGCAGCGCGCAUGCUUACGACGUCAAUGGCCUGACCGCGUCUGGCUUGGGCGAUAGCGAGAGGCUCAAUCGCCUCUACCCCCGCCAGCAAGUCUUCAUCCAGGCGGCGUCAGCGACGCGCAAGGCGGCGCCGACGCCAUCCCCAUCCGCCAUGCUGCUCCCGGAUCGUGGCGCCGGCGCUGUGCCCUCGGGUGCAGACACACUCGGUCCUUCCCUUGGCGCCUCCAGCGCCAUCGGCCUACUCCCGUCGAACUGCCCAGUCUGGGACGCAAUGGCAGAGGGCUCGCAGACGUGCGGCGACAAG